AUGAAUACUGCACGAACAGGUCAUAGUGCAUCUGUAUUAUUAAAUGGACAAGUGUUAGUUGCUGGUGGAACUAGCAGUAAUGGCCGAACUUUGUUUUAUGUAAACAGUUCUGAGUUAUAUAAUUCAUCAACAGGAGUCUGGACCACUACUGGUAGCAUGAAUAUCGCACGAACAUCUCAUACAGCAUCCGUAAUAUCAGGUGGAAAAGUGUUAGUUGCUGGUGGAAGUGACCAGAAUUCUGCUGUUUCAAAUAGUUCUGAGCUGUACGAUCCGUCAACAGGAGCCUGGACAACUACUGGUAGCAUGAAUAUCGCACGAUCAGGUCAUACAGCAUCAGUAAUAUCAGGUGGAAAAGUGUUAGUUGCUGGUGGAAAUGACCAGAAUUAUAUUGUUAUAAAUAGUUCUCAGUUAUAUGAUCCAUCAACAGGAGCGUGGACAACCACUGGUAGCAUGCAUACCGUACGAAAAGUGCAUACUGCAUCCGUAUUAUUAAAUGGACAAGUGUUAGUUGCUGGUGGAUCUAACAGUAAUAGUAUUUUAAGCAGUUCUGAGUUAUAUGAUCCAUCAACAGGAACCUGGACAACCACUGGUAGCAUGAAUACCGUACGAAAAGUGCAUACUGCAUCCGUAUUAUUAAAUGGACAUGUGUUAGUUGCUGGUGGAUCUAACAGUAAUGAUGAUUUAAGUAGUUCUGAGUUAUUUGAUCCAUCAACAGGAGUCUGGACAACUACUGGUAGCAUGAAUGUCCCAAGAUACUUGCAUACUGCAUCCGUAUUAUUAAAUGGACAAGUGUUAGUUAUUUCUAGUGGAAAUGCCGCUGUCCCUUCAAAUACCACUGAAUUAUAUGAUCCAUCAUCAGGAGUUUGGACAACCGCUGGUAGCAUGAAUUAUGGCCGAUAUAUGUAUGCAGCAGCCGUAUUAGCAAAUGGACAUGUGUUAGUUAGUGGUAGCUACGGUCGUCCUAAUGUUUUAUCGAGUGCAGAACUAUAUUGA